AUGUUGGUGCCUUUGCGCCGUGUGCCAUGGUCCCCCACUUUUGGUUUGCAAAGGAUCGAUGGGCCUCCAUGCCUGCAUCCUCGAUGUGUUCCAUUUCGGCCAUUGCUUGUGUUGGCGUUGGUGGCGCCCCAAUCAGCCCAGCCACGUAAUGUGCUACGUCGUUUUCGGCAGGUGAGCAGAGCCCAAGUGGAACUCAGAGAGUCAGUUUUGGAGCUGUCAGCUGAGUCAGCUGAGCUGGUGGAGCAAGUUAUCGCUGGCCUCAACGAAGCUUGCACUUCCGUGAAGGGUACGAUUUCAGGUUUGCAACGGCAAAUUCGCGAUCCCUCAGAGGCUGAAUUGUGGAUAUCACGAGGCAAUGCACUGCUUCAAGUGACGCAACAAUGGUAUCCGGGCAUGACCGAAGUGGAAGCGCCAGACUACUCACGAUUGGGUGAUGAUGGCCUUCCAUUGUCCAUGACAGUGGAACUAAAUCCCAAGAAACACUUCAAAGAGAAUGCUAAGUUGUGCUUCAAGCAGGCCAGCAAGAUAACCAAAGCAAUUGAGAAGUGCACGCCACUUUUAAAGGCGCAGGAAGAGGAACUGCAAAGAUGGAAAGCUGAGCUGACAAAGGUGGAAGGCAGCUGUCUGUGUUGGUGCAGUUCUCGAGCGGUGACGUACGAACUGUGCAUCGAGAACCUGCUAAGCCUUUUGCUAAGCCAUGGGAGAGACGCGAUGAGAUGUGCGCAGAAUUUGCAGUCGUUCAGAAAUGAGUUCAGAAUCUCAAAAAAAAGACUGAGGGGAUUUUCCCUCCUGACCCCAACGUAG